AUGGCGAGUGAAAGCCAACGAGAAGAAAAUUCCAAUAGGCAGAAUGAUGGUGGUGUUCCAAGAGUUGAUUUUAAUUUGAUGAUUAAUGAUGAACCUGUUAAGAGACCACAUCGUAGAAUUCCUAAUCGUUCUUUUACACAGCCUGGAUAUGAAAAUGGUAAAGCACCUCUUGAUAGUGUUUUUGAAUCUAUUUCGGAAGAUACCGCCUUGUUAAGCGGUGAACCAUCUCAAAACUACAGUCAUUUUAAUCCCCAUUCCUCUAUAUCUGAGGAUAAUAAUCUCAGCGAUGUUCAUCGCACACGGCCUCAUAUCAAUAAAAGACAUACAUGGGCUGCAAAUGCUGUUAAAGGAUUUAACGGCCAAAUGCGGCGGUAUAAGUCACGUAGUGGUGCUUAUGAUGAAGAUGAAGAUAGACAUGCAAUCGUUCGUGAGGGUGGUGGUAUUCGU